AUGCAAUUUUCCGAUGGUUCUCCAUAUCCUCCAAGCGAAUCUGAUAUUUCAGAGAUCCCACGCGAUCUUGAGAAAGAAGAUGCCAUCGAAAAACUUUCAUUUCUUCCCAAUCCUCCCUUUCGCCCUCGAUGUCUGACUCCACCUGGCUUUCGAGAUGUCGCUACAGAACAUCCUGGACUACCGAACCCUACUUUUCAGCAUUGCUCAUACUAUAAGCUGCCACCCGAUAUCAGACGGUUCAUUUUGAUCCUGGCUUUUGGCAAUUGUCGCCUCCAUAUGGACUUCUCUUACGAUUAUCCGGACAUGUCUUCGGAUUUUAUUCAACCAUUAGAUGAGAACCAUUGUGGCAUCGUCAUCGAGAAUAUUUAUGCCGAAGCUAUCGACAUCCUUUACUCGACAAACAUCAUCAUUAUGGUCAACGAAGCAAUGAUGACGCAUCUUACUCAACUCCUAUUACCGCAGCGCCUCGCAUUCAUUACCUCGCUUGAGAUCAGCUGGAACUUGAAGUCUCGAUACGAAAGCGGGCUUUGGAGUAUUACGGACGAUGAAUAUUUCAUUGACGAGGAAGAUUUGAAGCGCAUAUCUCAAAUAAUAUCCACCCAGUUCCCGCAGCUACGCCGUCUUUAUUUAUCUUUGGAGCUCUCAAGGCAGCUUGGGCCAUGCUGGGGCUCUGAUGCUUGGCCAGCUAUUAGCCGUCAUCUGGACAACCUUGCACGAAUCAUGCCGUCCCUGACAGAACACGCCAUUUCGCUGCCUGAUACUCCAUUCGAUUCUAUCUUGUAUGACGCAAAAGAAACUGACUUCAGAUCGUAUUCAGAAAUAUGCCAUUCGUAUAAUCAGAUCUGGCGAUCUACUGACGGGCAUAUAGAUGUCAUUCGUCUUCCAUAUGUCGAUAGUUAUCCUAGAGCACCGUGUCACAUCGAUACCUCAACCUCCAAGGGCAAAGGCUACUGCAUACUCAAUGGAAGUAACUGGCCAGAAAAAGAGAAAGUUGUCAUCGGCCCUCCCCCGAUGGGAGAAAUUAUGGGCCUUGGUCCUCAUGAUUUCGAUGACUUUGAGUUUGUUCACCCUUUAGAAGAUAUUUAA